UGACGAAUCAAAACAAAGACCUCGUACCUACUUUGUCUUGUGUCUCCAUUGUCAUUUGCCAAUUCAUAUACAACUACAAGUCUAUGCCCUUGACUCACCCAUUCAUCCAAUUCCCAAAGAGAAAAAAUGACCACAGAGCUGUUCAAGAAGAGGCUUAAUACCUUUUACAUAAAUUGGAUCCAACACAAGAAACAACUAUGGGGAAAUUCUGAUGUUGUGGUCAUUCAAACUCCACCAAAAAUAGCCAAGUUCUCCAAUCCAAAGUCUUCCUGCUUUCUUUUAUGGCUCUUGGGUGAUGACUUUACUGAUACAACUAUUGUUUUCACUCCAUAUGGGAUUUACUUCUUCUGUACUCAUAAAAACUUUUCUAAGCUCCGUGAAUUCUGUGCUUGUGCCACGUUGAUACAGAAUAUCCCAACAUCAGUUCAACUUAAAGACAAGAACGAUGACGGGUUCUUGAUCAUUGAUGCCACGAUACGUGACACUAAAAAUAUUCGUAACGAAAAGGUCUAUGUUGAUGCUGAUAAGGAGUGGCCGUUUGUGGUUGGUUACGUAGAAGGUGAGUACCCAAAAUCGAAGCUUAUCUUGAAUUGUAUCAAUGAAUUAGAACCAACAAAAUAUCAGGCUACCACUGUGAAUUCUGGUCUUGAUGCGCUAUUAAACAUAGCUGAUGAGCAAAGUAUUGGACCCUCCGCGUGUAUGGAUGAAAAAUUGGUGUCACUUAUUGAUAGUGAUUUGGAGCAUAAAUUACAACUAGAUGUAGCCAACAGUCAAAGCAAAUUAGAAGAAAACAAGAUAUUUCUUGAUGGUAGAAGUGAUAACAGUGUUCCAUCGACUUCAGUGGUAGGUGCUAGUGCUACAAUAGAAGAUUAUAGUAUACAAUAUGAUUUUACAGGCAGUUGUAGAAAGGACUCUGUAGUUUUGGACUAUAAUAAUGAUGAUUGGGUGCUAGUUGAAGGAAAGGAAGGACAAGGAAGAAAAGUGCCCCAUAGAAUCAGCUGGAAAAGGUGGAUCAUGGAUAAAACAGCUAAAUCAUUUGGUCUUCGAGAUAAAGGGAAGAUAAAGGCUUCUUCAUACUGAUGUGCCUGUGGUCUCUUUCCAAUUUCAUUAGCAGCUAGCCUAAAAUAGUCCUUGAAAGGGCUCCCACUUCUUUGUCUAUUGUUUUGCAGUAUAGUUUGUGAUAUUGAAGUAAAAAUAAAGUAUUUUUUGUCAUUUUAUCUUUUACUGUUAAGAUAAACUGGUACCAGGCUUGUUGUAUCCCAUAAAAACAUUGUCGGUUAUCACCUAUUGUCAAGCAACCACUCUUUUGAGAAAGUGAAAAUAUCAUGCCUCAAGCUUCUUCUGUUUUCCUA